AUGGAGAGGGCGUCCUCCUCCGAUGAGGACGAUGGGGAAACCCUCAUCGCCCAGAACGAGAGGAAGAGGCAGCCGCUACGCAGCGACAUUCUCAGCUUCGAGAUCGGAGAGCCUCCAGAUCGGAAGGGCUGUGGAUUCAGAUCCAGCAGGAAGUAUGUCUUCGCCGUCUGCUUGUGCCUGCUACUCGUCGUCGUCAUCUACUUCUCCGUGGACACUCGCCGACUCUUCCACGGGGCAUCCGCCGUGGGAGUUGGUUCCCCCGUCGAGGAUGACCGGAUGCGGGAGGCGGAGCUUCGUGCUCUGAACCUUCUCAGACACCAACAGGUGGGCCUUCUUCGCCUGUGGAACCGGACGUCUGCGGCUUCCCCCGUCAGAUCCAGCGACUCCCCCGCUUCUUCCGUUCCAAUUGUGGCUUCGAACUCCACAUCCAAUUCUACUCCGUCCGCGGCGCGUAAUCGAGGGGAGCCGUUGAAUCCGCAGCCGUCGAUCCUGUUAGAAGAGUUCCGGUCGGGAUUGCUCGAGCAGAUCAAGCUUAACCAACAGAUUCAGAAGGCUCUGUUAUCUUCCCACGGGCUGCUCGCCGUCAACACUUCAGCAGAGGUCGCUGACGGCAAUGUAGGGGAUCUUCUCGCCGGUUACGUUGGUGCAGAUCUUUGCAGGAAGGUGGACAAGCCUAGGGGGAGGAGGACCGUCGAAUGGCAUCCUAAGAAGAACAGGUACCUGCUCGCGAUCUGCGUCUCGGGACAGAUGUCCAACCACCUGAUCUGCCUUCAGAAGCACAUGUUCUUCGCGGCGAUCUUGGAUCGUAUACUGAUCCUCCCGAGCCCCAAGUUCGAUUACCAGUACGACAGGGUCAUCGACAUCGACCACAUCAACCAGUGCUUUGACAGAAAGGUUGUCAUCUCAUUUGAAGAAUUCUCGGAAUCGAAGAAGAACAAGAUCCAGAUAAACAGAUUCAUCUGCUACAUGGCAUCGCCUCCGUGUUUCGUGGACGAGGAACACGCGAAGAGGCUGAAAGACUUGGGGCUCUCCCUGCCUAAGCUCGAAGCUGCCUGGCCAGAGGAUGCGAAGUUGACUCAGCCGAAGAAGAGGGUGGUCGGUGAUAUCACAGGCAAGUUCUCUUGCAACGACGAGGUUCUCGCUGUUGGCGACAUCUUCUACGCAGACGUGGAGGAAGAAUGGGUGAUGCAACCAGGAGGCCCCCUAACCCACCAGUGCGAGACCCUCAUCCAACCUAGCCACCUCGUCCUCCUCACUGCUCAGCGCUUUGUGCAGACCUUCUUGGGAAACAACUACAUCGCUGUGCACUUCAGACGCCAUGGCUUCUUACAAUUCUGGUAAGUUUCUUCACGGACAAGCGCUCGGAAGGUCUUGUCACAUGCUUACUUUGAAUCCAUGCAUUCGAUUGCAUAUAUUUUGCCGAAUUAAAUUUCUCUCCGGAAUUGGAUUUGAUCUUUUCUGCAGUAAUGCGAAGGAGGAGAGCUGUUUUUUUCCUGUGCCUCAAGCAGCCGAGUGCAUCCUCCGGGUGGUGGAGAAAACCAACGCUCCGGUAAUUUACCUAUCUACUGAUGCAGCAGCCAGUGAAACCGACCUUCUUCAGUCUCUGGUUGCGUCAAAUAACAGGCCCAUCCCUAUGAUCAAGAGGCCCGCUCAUUCUUCCACCGAGAAAUGGGAUGCCCUACUGUACAGAAACCACCUUGGAGAGGACAGUCAGGUAAAAGCGUUGACUAUUCCCUAUUUUUGGCUAAAAUGCGUUCUUCCUGGAGUGACUGAUUAUACGUGGGAAAAUUGAGAUUGUUUUAUAUCUUCUCCGAAGGUCGAGGCCAUUCUGGAUAAGACAAUCUGCGCCAUGGCGAGUGUGUUCAUAGGAUCAUCCGGAUCCACGUUCACAGAUGACAUCUUCCGGCUGAGGAAGGACUGGGGAUUUGCAUCGGUAUGCGAUGAGAACCUUUGCUCCGGAGAACAACCGAAUUUCAUAGCUUCCAAGGAAUAG